AGAUCAUGACAUGACAUUAACAUCAGUGUACGUCAAGCAAGGGUGUACGUAGAAAAGUGCAUUGAUUUCAUAAAAAGUUUUAUGUAGAUUUGUUUGGCUGACUUGACUGCUACGCCGUUACUGUACGUGUAUUUUUUCUGUAUUUCUUGCCUUUUUAGAAAUCAAGUACUAAAAUCAGGAUGGAGUCCUCGUAUCAGGGAGGUGUGUCGUUCGAAGAUAGGGACAAUAAUUUCCAGCGCCUGUCCCAAACUAUAGCAAGCAAUAUCAAAAAGAUUUCACAGAAUGUAUCAUCAAUGUCAAAGAUGGUCAACCAGCUGCAGACACCGCAGGAUUCCCAAGAGCAUCGGAACCAACUGCGUCAAAUACAAAAUUAUAAUCAGAAACUAGCAAGGGAUACAUCAUCACUGAUCAUGGAAUUGAUGAAGUUGCCAACUGAUCAGCCGGCUCACAAGAUGACCAGAGAACGCCUCAGAGAUGAAUACAUGAUCACACUGAAUUCAUUCCAGUCUACACAAAGGCUGGCAGCUCAGAAGACCAAAGAAGACGUAAGAAAGGUGAAGGCGCAGUCUGCGAGCAUCAAUAUUGGAGAUCCGUUCGCUAUUUCAGGUGACAGCAGCAAUAAGGAAUUGAUGGAGAUGGGUGAGCCGACAUUGCGCGAACAGGAGCAGGUCAUGCAAACUGAACGCUCGCUGGUCGAGCUGGAGGAGCGCGAAAGAGAUAUUCGACAGCUUGAGAGCGACAUAAUGGACGUGAACCAAAUCUUCAAGGAGCUUGGAACAAUGAUUCAUACGCAGGGAGAAGUAGUCAACUCGAUUGAGUCCAGUGUGGAGUAUGCAACGGUGAACGUGGAGAGUGGCACGCAGGAACUCCGGGAGGCUGCUAACUAUAAGAACAAGCUGCGCAAGAAGAAAGUGUACCUGUUCCUAGCGCUGAUCAUCGUAGUGUCGAUCAUACUCAUCAUUAUAUUCCACAAGUGAUCUUUAGCUCCCGUCGAAGAGCCAUCGUACAGUUAUGAAACUUAUCGAUGCUUCUUUGUUUUUGAAUAAAGCCCGCACUUUAUUCUGUGACGAAAGAUGAACUGUUAACAAAAUAUGUAAAUGCUAUGUUUUAUUGUGAGAAUACAUUAUAUAUUUAACUCGCUGUACUACACAUUCCCGGCAAAUUGUUACGAACCCCUUGAAUGGUGAAAGCAUAAAUUUAGCAUCUCAACAUCACCUACUAUACCAAUUGUAUAUAAAAAUCUCGUGUAUCAAAUGUAAGGGGAUUCGGGAUAGGUUUGUAGUAGAACUUAGCAAAGAAGUGGUGUCAUAUUUAUAACAUUGUAUCUUCUAUUUGCCAACACGCAAUAAUCAGCAAUCUAUGUAGAAAUUAUAUAAUUGUAUUCAUGUUUAUAGCGAAUUUAUGUAAUUUUGAAGCAUGUAAUUAUAAUAAUUAUUAUUAUCCAGGUAUGAAAGCGUAGGAGUUGUGUCGAUUUGAGCUCGCGAAAUUAGCUUUCUUCAAGUUGAGCCUAUUUUAGAAAGGAAAUAUAGCCAAACUGGUUCGAUAGGAGUCUUUAUUUCGCGAUUGUAUUAUAUUUUCUUGUGCCAGUUUUUUGUUUCUCGAUGACAAUGACUCGCUUUCCAUUUUAAGCCUUAAUUUUAAUGUGAUAAGGGACCACGACAUCGUCGUGGUGUAUUUAUUAUUUAAGCUUGCGUCAUUUUGCUAAUGCGACAGGAAUUAUCAUUGAUAUUUGUAUUGUUUAGAAACGUCACGAUAUCACUUAAGGUAAUAGGGGGUCUAAUUAAGGAAUAUUAUUCAUACGAACUAACGUCUAAUUUAGUUUUGUUCCUUUUCUUUAAUACUUAAUAUUCGCGGUUUGUAGAGACAUCCCAGUAACUACUAUUAGACUAAAGUGUACAAUUAGAGAUUCAAUUAUUAAAGUUUUCAAUAGUCUCAUUAAAUUGUCGGUGAUACACAAAUUACAAUAUUGAAAUUAGUGUGUUUACUGAAUUAACUCGUGUCUAUUGUUUACAUCUAAUAUUAGUACUGAUAGCUACUGGCAAAGAAAGUCACAAUUAUUAAAUGCUGAAGUCACUCUGAUUCUAGUUGAUAUCUGUAUAUUCACAAAAUUGUCUUGUGCAUUUUAUACAACGCUAUCUAUAAACUAUAAUAGAAUACAAUGUCAUGUGGUGUAUAUUACAACUUCAGCCUAAUUGAAUUAAGAUUAGUGUGGAUUAGUGUGCUAUUUUAAUAUUUAUAGAGAUUACUUUCUUAUUCUUAAUUCACUUUAUUUUGUAAAGAAAAUCAAGGCCGCACGAGUAUUUUCCAAAGUUUAAACUGAACGGUUUCAUAGUUAAAAGACAUGUGAUGUUUUUGAAGUGUUCGGGUCCAAAUAAUGUAAUGAAAUUUAAGACAAGUAUAAAUCACGAGGUUAAGUUUAAAAUGUUGACGACACCGAACACCACUCGUUGGGCUAUCGUUGUUGUGUAAUUUUAUCAAUAGGUGCACAUGUUUUAUAUUAUUUGAGAAUUUACACAUUAUAAUUAUUGUAGUAGAUCUAUUUGGCAAGAAUAGCAAUACUUUCAAUGUAUCUAGGCCAUCGUAACGUUAAUGAAUUGAUUAUAUUUAACAAAACCGUCUUUCGUUAUCGCUUAAGAUAUUAUGCUUAAACUACUAAGUAUUCACGUGUAGAUAGUUAGUUUAAAAAUUCUCAAUGUAUUAUAUCUAUAAACUAUAAUAUAUAAAUGUAAAGUUGUCCAUGUAUA